AUGGUCCUUAAAGUGAUGUUAUCCAAUGAAGAACAAGCAGUUAUGCGAAAUUUACCAGCUCUUGUAGCAGAUUUAGAAAGUAUGGAUAUCAUCGACCAUUUGACUGCAACUACGCCUCCAUCAAUUACACCGGCUGAUUAUGAAUCAAUCAUAGCGACAUCGCAAAGAGAGGGUAGAAGAGCAGGUGUUCGAUGUUUGGUCGCCUGUCUAUUGCGUCGUACUGAUAGCUCAAAAGUAUUUCAGUCUUUUAUUAAUAUCCUGAAAGAAGAUUAUCGUCAUUUGUCAGAUCUUUUGAGCAGUACAUAUGAAAGUCUGAAAAACACUAAAGAAAACGAUGAACCAGAUUUUGGUACUACUGGAAGUUCUAUUUCUGUACAUUCUGAUACUGUUGUCAGAGGUAACGAUCCAACUGGAAUAAUAACACCCUGUCAGCUGGUUAGUAAGGAUAUUGAAAAUUCAAGGAUAUCUUUCAAAGGACUUGGACAUUCUGAGUAUGAUACCAUAUUGAAUAUUAUUUCCAUCAUAUGUUCACAUCCGAUUGCAAUUAUAAACUGGAAAAGUUUAUUAAAUGAAUUAAAAGGAUGUACUACUGUCAAUACAACAACAGCAAUCACCACUACAACAACUACUACUACAACUAAUAUUCUUCCUAAUGAAUUCAUUAAAAAUCAUAAUAAUUUUAAUCAACUCCAAAGCAAUCGGUCGAAUCUCUUAGAUUUACAAUGGUGUACAUCAAAUUGUCGUCGUGGUUUAUUUCAUUAUUUCUCUGUGAAUAUAAUACGAAAUUUGGAAAGUCGUGGCGUUGGUGGUGGUGUUGGUGGCUCUCCGUUUAAACGUUUACAAUCAGUCAACUCCACAAGCACAGUAAAGUUGAAUCAUCAAUUUAUUCGAAAAUUGGUUAUAGAACAAUUGAUUCCAGCAUUACAACGUUUAAAUUUAUGGAAUCUGGCUAAUCGUAUUCAUCGGGAAAUUGUCGAGUGCAAUAGUGAUGGUGAUAACGGAGAUGGAGAUAAGCAGCAAGGCCUUCUGUGCUGCAGCAUCGAUUCCAAUAGAAAGUGUAGUUUACUGUAUAUAAAUGAUCCAUCUUUGAUGAAAUCAUUGAAUACUAACCAUCAUGAACGCGAUAAUUAUCAUCUGCUGUCUGAUCAAAAUCACUAUUACUUUCCAUCUUGUAAUAUUUUGAAGGCAUAUCCUCAAUUAAAUUAUGCAAAAUCCCUACUGUUCUCCUGUGUUGAACCGUUGUUUCAUCAUUCUCUUAUCCUUCUUGAUUGGCCAUUUCUACUGCAUGAAUUACACGUCUGUUCUACUUGUAUAUCAUAUUUAAUAAUGUGUUGUUCUUCAUCGUCAAAAAAUCGAUCAACGAUGUGUCAUCAUAAUAACAAUAAAUCGAUUGCGCCAUCCAGCUGUAAUGCUGCAUCAUCUUAUCAAAAUCUUGGAUCAUCUACUACUCAUCAGAAUGAUGAUAAUGAUGAUGGCGAUGAAAAGAUUCGAAAUUCAGCUUUGAAAAUUUAUUUCAGUACAGUAUUGCAUAAUACACUACUUCAAAGAAUGAUUACAGAAAAGAAUGAUAAUAAUAAUAGUGGUUGUCAAUCAUUAAAUCCGAUUGGGCAUAUAUUUAAUGAAAGUGUUCAAAAGUCCUGUGUAGCCUCGGUGAUCCAUACACAAUUACUACCAGCUCUGCGUUCACUGGAUCUGAAUGUAUUACAUGAUGAAAUUGAACAAUUAGCCUAUAAAAUGCUUCAUUGAGAUUUUUUUCUUCCUCUUUUGACCAACUUUAUUUAUGGUUUUAAUGAAAGACAAAUGGAAAGAGAGAGAGAGCUGAAGGUUUUGACUGACUUUACUACUGAUGUUAAUUUAAGUAG